GUUACAACAUGAUUUUAACUUUAGAGCCUAGCUUAUUAUCAAUACAUAUGUGACACUUCUGUACCAAGUUAACCAUUUAAAAACCUGGGAAGUGGAAUGCAGGAUUUAAUUUGCACCCUGGGCACCAUGGGUUAAGCGACCAAUUCAUGUUUUGUCAAUAUUGUUCUCCAGGAUUUACAGAGAUAGGUUUAUGUGAUUUUAUUGUCCGUGAAAAAUUGAAGAAAAUUUUUCGAACGUUUUUGGAUUGAAAUUAUUCCCCUUUUAAUUUUUAAAUGGAUUUUCAUUAAUUUUUAAGUUUCUGGUAAUCCAGAAGGAUGGCUAUCGGGCGGAUGACGGUGGUGACCUUGGGGUACCUGACCCUCCUUCUUUUGCACGUUAGGGUGGAGGGAACGUGGACAGGGCCCGAUUACUGGAACAGUAGGUACGGCACCCUCGGGAUCAACUAUGCCACUACGGAUGCCUUUGAAGGACUGUGGAGUGAUAGUCCUGGGAUUAUUGACCACUACUUCCUGUCCACGGGGUCUGAUUCUGGCCGACAGUGUAGUGGGGGGUGUAACUGUGAUGAGACAAAGAGAAUUGUCACAGGGUGUAGUGGACCCACAGUUGUGAUAAAAGGAUACACAUUUGACAACCUCACCGUGAACUCCUUUUCUUCCUCUGUCACAAAAAUUACCAUCAUCAAUGCCCCGAAUUUCAAGUAUUUUGACAAUGCUACUUUUGAUCAUCUUACAAAUUUGGAAGAAUUGACUAUUUACAAAACCAAACUAGUACAGUUCCCUGAUAUCUCAAGGACCAGCAUGAAAAGGAUGAUGCUGGGUGACAACAUGAUUAAAUUUUAUCCACACAACCACACCAAUCCAACAUGGCCUACCACUCUGACUAUGUUAUCACUGAUGAAAAAUGACAUAGAAUGGGUGCCGGACAACCUGUUCUCUGGGAGUCGUCUGGAGUUUGUUGGACUCAGCAUAAACAACAUUCGAUAUUUUCCUGGAAAAGCCUUUGAAAAUGCCAACAACAUUCAGUUUGUGAGUGUGGAUCAGAAUCAGAUUCAGACGGUAUCCAAAGCCCACCUGGCAUAUCUGGUCAACUCGGACCUAAAACACCUAAACCUGAGUAACAACUUGAUCUCCUACAUACAGCCUGGGGCCUUCUCCCAGCUACAGAAGCUGCUAAUUCUGGAGUUGCAUGACAAUGACUUGUCCACUUUGGCUGAGGGUGUAUUUGGAAAUAUCCCAAAUAUCCUUCAUUUGGAUUUGGUCAGGAACAACCUGCAGAUUCUGAAGAGUAAAUACUUCACCAACCUGCCAGCCCUACGAACCCUGCGGCUCCACUCCCAGAAAAUCAAAAUGACCAACAUCUACUUUGAUGCUUUUGAGAACAUCAAUGAAAACCUGACAAAUCUGUGGGUUAGUGACAACGCUCUGACAAGUUUUCCCCACCAGGUCCUGUCUGAACAGACCUACCUAUCUCUGAAGGAAGUAUAUGCGGAUACGAAUCAGAUCAGUAACCCCGUGGAGUACACGCUGGACGCCUUCAGCCUCAGUAUGACCUCAACAUACAAUGCAAAGUCGGGGGUCUUCAAAGUGUGGACAAAGUCACCCAACAUCGAGAAGUUGGUUCUAUCAGCCAAUAGGAUUGCUGAAGUAAAGUCUGACUAUUUCUGUGUCCUGACGAAUCUUCAGUACCUCUACCUCGAUCAGAAUUUGUUGACGGACGAGAAGUUUCCUAAUGACGCCUUGGACUGCAUGGCCAAAUUGUUUUACUUGGAGCUGUCAUCUAACAGUUUUAAGUACGUGCCCCAGACUGUGAGGUCCUCGGUCAAUAUGACCAGCCUCACACAGCUGUUCCUUGGCUCCAAUCACCUCACCUUCCUGGAGGCAGACACUUUCACUAACGCCUCCCUCACCAUUCUGGGACUAGAAAGCAAUAAUAUUCUGGCCAUUGAAAACAAUACUUUUUGUCCUACUCUCACACAAAUAAAUCUACAAGGCAAUGACUUUCGGUUUACUCAUCAGAACCCAUUCACAAACAUGGCCUCUCUGACUCGUCUGGAAUUAAACAACAAUGAGAUUGAUGACAUUCCAGACGAUGCAUUUGAUGGCUGUACAUCACUAUCUUACUUAACCCUCAGCAACAAUAAGCUUGGCUGGUUGAAAACCACGACGUUUGAGGAUACAGUACUGACACAUUUCUAUGCAUCAAACAACGAAAUAGCCUAUAUUGAGGAAGGCACUUUCAAGAACUUUACCUCCAUGACCAUAUUGUACUUGGAUAACAAUGCUCUAACCAAACUUCCCAGUGGGGGAGACUUCUCAGAUAAAAGCAUUACACAUCUCCGACUACAGGGGAACCGCCUCACAGAGAUCAACAGUGGGGUCUUCAACAAUCUGAAUGUGGCUUAUCUGUACCUACAAAACAAUGAGAUCUCAGUCAUAGGGUCUGAGGGCUUCAAAGGAGUGCAGAUUUCACAGGGACUGUAUCUGACUGGAAACACAUUGAAGAAACUGGAGUCUCGGGCAUUUGUGGAUGUAAACAUUGCUCAGCUGAGUCUAAACAACAUGCAGUUGACCUACUUACUGAGAGAUUCGUUUGUAAAUGUUCAAGCCACAGACAUAUUUCUCCAGAACAACAAGAUCGCUUACAUAGAGGAGGGAGCCUUCGACACUGUUUCUAUUGGGGAUGACUUACAUUUGUACGGGAACGGGAUGACCUCACUGCAAGGAAACAUCUUUGCCAAUAGCUCAGUCAUCUCAGACUCUCUGUUUCUGCACAACAACAAUCUCUUCUCCAUUCCAAUCAACGCAUUCGAUAAUCUCUCAGUCAGGAGAGUAUACCUCCAGGACAAUUCGAUCAGUGACUACCCCUCAGAUACACUGUCCAACAAGGCCUCACUGACUACUGUAGAUCUGACCAACAACAAGAUCACUUCUGUGACAGCCUCCACUUUCCUGAAUCAGGUGUCCUUGACCGACCUUGACCUAGAUAACAACCUUUUGACCACAAUUUCCAAGGAUGUCUUUACUCCAUUGAUUAAUUUGAGGAAUUUAGACUUGAGUGGGAACUCCAUUGGUUAUGUUGAGCCCCUGUCCUUUAGCUCACUGACGAGCCUACAGACUCUGGACAUCUCCUCCAAUCAGCUCAUCUUCUUCCCCAAACUCCCGAACAUGACCAGCCUCAAGUCGGUGGAUAUCUCUCACAACAAGCUUCAGUCCAUUGAGCACCAGGCUUUUGACGAUUUUGAAAACAGCAAAGUCUUUAAAACACUGAAGCUGGAUGAGAACUUGGCCCUGGGCUGUGACUGUUACCUGUAUGAGACCCUCCUAGUGGUCCAGACAACCAUCAGCGGCGGUCAGUGUGGGACCCCUGCCUCUGUCCAGGGGGUCCUGUUUGGAUAUGUGAACAAAACGUCACCAAUGUACUUUGAAAACCAAAAGCUCACCAAUUUCUUGUGCUCGCCUGUUAAUCUUGUGGCCUCCUCCCCCUCAGCAACCCAACUAACAGUCAGCUGGACCCGCCCAAAUAACACCGUGUCCUCCAGUACCUACAUACCUGAUGCCACCGCUAGCAGCUGGCAGUACAGAGUGACCUGUACCAGUAGUCCUGGGGCUGUGGUGUCCCAGGCUACAGUCAGUGGAACCACCCACACCUUCACAUCGGCCGAUGGAAUCACCGCGAGCACCACCUACGUGUGUACAGCCGCCCUGGUGACAGCCAAUCAUACGAGCGCCGAGAGUCAGCCCGUGGUGCUCACCACUCAGGCUAUUACUGCAACUGGGUCAAACGCUACUGUAGGAGCCACAGAUUGGAUAUUGCCAAUCGUUUACUAUGAUUAUAGUGUGACCAAUUCAGAUUUCAACGGAUUUUCUGAUGACAUCAUAUCGAAGCCUACAUAUGUUCCCAGCCCCUUUGGCUCCUGGCUGCUGCGGUCAGCCAAUCCUAACUCAGACUCAUUCUCUGGGUGGUUUGUGGACCAGUCAGGGACGUCUGUGAACUACAUCUACAAGGAAACCAUCACACUGAAGCUGGUCUCCUCCUCCCCUGUCACGCACAGGUUCUCUGCCCUGAACAGCUACUUCCCUGUAGACAACAAGGGCUUUGGAAACCAGGACAAGGAUUGCUAUGGAGUGGAACACAAUUUUGGGUUUACAUCAGCCAUACGGUCUGGGUUUGUCUUCCAAGGCACAGAAUCAGUGACCAUUGGGGGUGGUGAUGACCUGUGGCUUUAUCUCAAUGGGAAGUUUGUGAUGGAGAUCAGUUCUAGGAAUAUGGGGACCAGUGUCCCCUGUAGGAAGAUCAGUCUGAGCGCUGCCAGCAAUCCAGGUGGUAGCUACAUCACCCCACAGUAUGGGUUUGUGUCCCCCACCACAGGGCUCUGUGUCAUUACCAGUACCCUGCCUGCUGAACAAGUCUUAGUGGAGUUAGAGGUAGGAGAGCGGUACCACUUCUCCAUUUUCCACGUGGAGCGGCUGCACUGUGCCUCCAGUCUGUACAUCCAGACGGAGAACUUUCAGUUCAUUGUGGACCCUGCUGAGGAGCCGCCCAGGGACUACAUCGUCACGGCAACAGAGGACCUCCACCAAAACGGCAUAGUGGCCGAGGUGGUCCUGGCUGACAUCUUCUCUGUGGGGCCACCCUUCACAGUCACCAUACUCAGGGGAAACGAAGCAAGACAUUUUACUUUGAAAGACAAGACAACAGCCAAUGAGAAUGCAGCAGUGGCUCCUCCCACAGUCCCACCCACAUAUACAACAAUCAACGGUCACUCCUUUGUUGCAUGUGCCACGCCCUCUACAAUCACCCCCGAGGGUUACGACGGUACCACAGAGACCUUCACCGUCAACACGGGAGUGGUUUUGUUAACUCUGGACUCCAGUCUGGACUACGAGGUCAAGAUCUCCUACAGUGUUGUCAUGGAGACCGUGGAUACUGGCAAAACUCCACCCACCACUGGCACAAUCACUGUUAAGGUGAAAGUGUCCGACGUGAAUGAUAAUUGUCCGGAGCUGACCCAGACCUUGUACCAGCUUCAGGCUAUCCCCGCACUACAGGUCGCGGCCCUGGCAGUCCUCAAUGCUAGCGACAUUGACAGUGGCAACAACUCUGCCCUCAGCUUCUACCUGUCCACAAUCGUAGAGGAUCCACCAAUCUCCAUUUUUAACGACACCAUGGAUCUAUACAAGGAGGUGUAUGAGGCCAACACCAUGUUGAAAUUUACGGUGAUCGUGGUGGAUGGUGGUAGCCCUAUGCGGGGCGCUACCGCAGCGGUGGAGUUGGAUAUAGACAACUCCUGUCUGAUCGAUGUGGAGUACCAAGCCAUUUCCUACUCCAUCACCGUCAAUGUCUCCACUGGGGAAAUCUACCACAGGGUGCCCGGAUACUACUACUAUGAAUACACCUGUAAUGAUGCCUUAGGAAUGGAGAGUGGGGUGAUCCUAGACAAGUAUAUCUCUGUCUCCUCCACUUCCUCAAUUAGCGGUCCAGACCGGGCAAGACUCAACACCACCCAGCUGGACGCUAACCUGGGGGGUUUGACCGGGGGCUGGGUACCUGCCACCAUGGACACAAACCAGUACAUAGAGGUCAACCUGACGGAGCCGACCUUUGUCCACUGGGUACAGAUCCAGGGUCAGGAUUCAGUCGACAACUGGGUCACCAGUUUCUCGGUUCUAUACAGUUCGGAUGGAGUGACUUGGGCCACUUACAUUAAUUCUUCGGGGGCGUCAGUUUUUGAGGGAGCCACAGAUCGGAACACAGUGGUGAGCGUCCCAAUGGUACCGGCGGUGUUUGGGACUUACAUCCGAAUCAAUCCACAAACCUGGAAUAAUGCCAUUGGGCUCCGAUUGGAAAUGAAGGGAUGUUCUUUUACCAAAUAUCAGUACUAUCGCACAACCUGUCAGCGUUGUUUGACCGCCUCGUACUGUGAAGGGGACUCAACCAUCAAGCCCUGUGGUCGCUGUGACCCCCCGGUCACUGGCUCCACCUGUGGUCGCUCUCCCACUGAGCACAGUUUUGGGGCUGCUGCCUCCUGCACCACUUGUCCCGAAGGCUGGAUCUGUAAGGAUGGCUAUGCCACACCCUGCCCAGAGUUCCACUAUGUAUCAUGUAACGACACAUACUGCCCUGACUCUUGUACCCAGUGUGAGCCCGGCUAUGCCUGUCGUGGAGGGAAACGAUACCAGUGUGAAAAGGGAACGUACUCUGAUGGAAAUACCAAGUUCUGUACCAUGUGUUCCCCCGGUACGUACCAGGACGAGGAGGGACAGAGCUCCUGUAAGAACUGUCCAGGUGGCUACUACAGCUCCUCCAGCAAGGACCGCUGUAAUCCGUGCGAGGCGGGGACGUAUGCAGCCACUGAUGGCACCGGCUGUAAGUCGUGUGGGUCCACCACUCAGUGCCCCUGUAUGGGCAGCACCACCCUGUGUUAUCACCCUGACCUCUGUUACAACAUGGACGGUAGUUAUGGGUGUCUUCCCUGCCCCACAGGUUAUGCUGGGAAUGGAGUCACAUGUUCAGAUGUUGAUGAGUGUACUUCUCUCACACCAACCCCCUGUUUCCAGCAGCGCUGUAGGAACACAGAGCCAGGGUUCCAGUGUCUGGCCUGUCCCCUCGGGUAUGUAGGCACGUACGAGGAUGCUUUGUCGUUUAACAUCAGCAGGAGGACUUUUCAGUUAUACAACACUGUGUUGGACCCCACACAGGCCCAGACCUGUUCAGACAUCAAUGAAUGUCUGUCUGACAAUGGAGGAUGUGAUGCCAAUGCUUACUGUACAAAUACACCAGGGAGCUACAGCUGUGGGUUGUGUAAGGAUGGCUAUGUGGGUAACACAGUGACCGGCUGUGAGCUGGCCGACUACUGCCUCUCAGGUAAACACACCUGUCACGCCAAUGCUACCUGCUACUACACUGGACCCCAGGAGUACAAGUGUGUGUGUAACAAUGGGUGGGCAGGAAAUGGUUACCUGUGUGGGGACGACCCAGAUCAGGACGGUGUUCCCACGCUGGGGCUUCCUUGUUCUGAGGAGGAGUGUAAAUCGGACAACUGCCCCCUACACCCUAACAGUGGACAGGAGGAUGCCGACACGGACGGAAUGGGAAACGCUUGUGACGCUGAUGACGACAAUGAUGUCAUCUACGAUGAGCAGGAUAAUUGUCCGUACAAGGCUAACAAUGACCAGGCGGACGCUGAUUUGGAUGGUGUGGGGGAUGUCUGUGAUAACUGUCCUAACGUGGCCAAUGCCGACCAAUCAGAUGUUAACGCUGACGGCGUCGGAGACCUCUGUCACACAGACAAUGAUAAGGACGGGGACGGGUUCCAAGAUGGUCUGGAUCUCUGCCCUCUAGUGGCCACUAAUGCUCAGACAGACUCAGACGGGGAUGGGGUGGGGGAUGAGUGUGACAAUUGUCCACAGACCAGUAACGCCGCUCAGACUGACUCCAACUACAGCGGGGUGGGGGAUAGCUGUGACGGUCAGGAUAAGGAUGGAGAUGGCAUACCAGAUUUCAGAGACAAUUGUCCAGAAGUUCCAAACGCCCAGCAGACCGACACAGACUCAGAUAGUACUGGGGAUUUUUGUGACCCUGACAUUGACAAUGACGGUGUUCUCAAUGCUGCUGACAACUGUGUAUAUGUAGCCAAUGCUGACCAGGCAGAUGCCAAUGGGAAUAGAGUGGGAGAUGUAUGUGAGAGUGACCGGGACCUGGAUGGUGUGGUGAAUAACCUUGAUAUGUGUCCUAACAACAAGGACAUCAGCUCCAUCAACUUCACAGACUACACCGCCAUUGACCUUAACCCGACCUUGAUCUCAGAAAAGGCAGCAGUGUGGCACAUCAUGGACAAGGGGAGAGAAGUCAGACAGACAGAAACUACACUGAAACCUGCAGCAUACAUAGGGAACCACUUCUUUGAUCACAUGGAGUUCUCUGGUACUACAUAUGCCCAGAGUGAUGAGUGCUAUGGUUACAUCGGCUUUAUUUUUGGAUUCCACUCCACACAAAAGUACUACCUAGCUCUCUGGAGACACGCCCACCUGAACUACAACAUCUACGGAGGAAUCAAAGGGGUGCAACUCAGGGUAAUAGAGACUACAAACAAUGUUGGACAGAACUACGCCAAUGCCUUGUACCAGAGCUAUGAUGUCACUUCCUACUCCAGACUCCUGUGGCAGGAUCCCACCCUGACCGGGUGGAAUUGUUGGACCAGUUACCGCUGGACCAUACAGCACACCCCCUCCCAGGGAAUCCUGAGGUUGAUUGUGAAGGAGGGAGACUCGACGAUUGCAGACUCCGGUACUCUGUAUGAUGUUUCCAUACCUGGGGGGAGGAUCGGGGUGUUUGCUUACAACCAAACAGGGAUCAUCUGGUCAGACAUGAGAUUUGAAUGCAAAGACAGAACUAACAAGGCUCUCUCAUUAGAUGGUUCAACAUAUGGUACAAUAGGCAAUAUGACAGGACUGAGAAUAGAAAAAAGUUUUACAAUGGAGGCUUGGGUAAACCUACCAACUGGCUUUCCCUCUACAGCUAUACCCAUCCUUUGUACCAAUGGAAGUGAUCUCUGUCUCUAUGUGGAGGGAGGGGUUUUCAAGAGCAAUGUGUCAACUAACAGUGUUGCAGGAACCACCCCUGUGACAGCAGACAAGUAUAACCAUGUCCUGGUGCGGUACAAUGCACAAGCUGCUACAUUGUCACUUUUUGUCAAUGGCACCAAAGAGGCAGAAGCUACAGACCUGGUUGAAAUUUCUUGGGCUACUGACGUGGUUCUAUAUUUGGGAUAUGAUGGUACAAAUUAUUUAACAGGGAAACUGGAUGAUAUAAGAAUCUACAAUGUCCAAAUACCUGACUCGGAAGUAUCCCAGUUUUGGCAAAAGGUGGGAAUGGAGCGGGAUUAUCAGAAGUACACACUGUCCGCUCACUACACGAUGGACGACAAUCCCAGUUCAACAAUUUUAAUGGAUCAGAGUCCUCACAAAAUGGAUGUAUCAUUUUCAGGAACUCCAUCAUUUGUUGAAAGUACAUCAGACUUUGACAGAUACUACCUUACCAAUGGAUAAAAAUAGUUCCAGGAAGAAAGGACAAUCUUCAGGAUUAUAACACUUGUUAAUGUGACUACAUACAGUCAAAUUCAGAUAUCUCAAAUAUAUCAUGGAUAGAUCAAAGUGAGUUGGAAGUCCCAACAACUGUUUUUGUAGGCAUUGUUAAAUUCAAUAACUUUAUUCUUUUGAUAUCUUCUUUUUUUGUUGCUUCAAUUUUGAGAUAAUGAGGUCGUACUGUAUGUCUAUUUAAUGCUGAAAUUUGUUUGAGAAACGCCUUUAGCCUAAAUGAUCAGAAACACUCAAACCUGCCGAUUUUGAGAUUAUAUACACAGUAGUGUAGUGUCAUCAAUCAAACAUCCGUCCCCGUUCACUGCACUUGUUAUUGAUUAAGCACAUGAUUAUGUAUUUCUACUACAUUUAGCUUUUUGUUAUACAUUUAUUGCCUUACUUUGUUACACUUAAAUUUUUGAUGAAUAUAAGUUAUGGUUACAUUUAAUGUUAAGGGUGACUCUCUAUACUUUUUUGUCAAAAUGCAAAACAGAUUCUGUAAACUAGUACAUGUAUAUAUCUAGUAUUUGUGCUCUUUAUUUUGCAUAACAUAUCAUGCAGAAGUAAGUUGCAAGAUAUUUUAUGAACAGAAUGAGAGAAAUUUAUAGCAAAUUUUUUACUAUGGAAUCAUUAAAAUUUGUGGGUGUCAAUUUUUAUAGUCUAUUUCUAAAUAUGUUUUCUUUGCUAUAAUAAAAUUUUAUUUAUUUGUUUUUUUUAAUGGUUAAUUCGUUCACCAGUAAUUUUUCUGUCUUCUCAAUCUGUUUGAUGUUCUUGUCAUUAAACUAUGUCAACCUUUUAUGAACAUAUGCUUUUGUAUUAAUGUCAGAUUGAUAUAAGGUCACUUUAUGUGAUCAAAAUGUUGAUAUUUAUGAAGGUCACUGCCGGUCAUGGCCUUAUUUUGUAUGUCUGUGAUAUAUAUAUGUGAUAUGUAAAUUGAUUAAUGGUUAACACAUAUGUCUAUUUCCUAUCAAAUUUAAAAAUUUUCUUUAAAAUUGUCUAUUCUUAACAAAUUAUAACAAACAAGUAUUACGCUUGUUUGUUUUAUGAAUGGAAAUUAAAAGAUUUAAACUAAAAAAGCAUUUUGAAUUGAUGCCAGCAGCUGCAUUGCCAAGAUAAAAUGUUCGCCGGUUUUGUAUAAAACACAAAUAAGCUUUUGAUCAAGGCAUCUGAUAUAAUGGGUUUUUUUUAUAAGAAAUAUACAAAAUAUGAAUUAUGAAUAAAAAAGAAGAAGAGAAGAGAUAAAAAGUCAAAGGCAGGAAGUUGAUAUAGGAAGAGAAAGCCUUGUGCAUGCAGGCAAAAUAGUCCACAAAUCUAGUGCCAAAAUAACAAUGUACAUUUAUAUUAAAUUUCUUCUUUGAAAUGAAAAGUACUAACGCCAUAUAUUAGAAAAAGUGAUGUUUUACAAUUGCAAUCUGUAUAUUUUCUUCCUGAUUUUAUGAAUACUGUAUUUUAUAAAUGACAACAGUGGUUUAGGUUACACUGCCUUUUAAUGUUAUUUCACAUGAUCAUAUGAGACAGCUCUUUCUUUUAAUAAACAUAUCAGAAUACAA